CAGCUCCAGAGGGAUCUGUACAUUGCCUGGCUGAAAGUCAGCAUGUAUUUAUAGUAACCCUUCCUGAAGGAAGGCAGACCUGGGACACUGUCAGGAUGGAACUGACAGGUAUUACAAAGGCUUGAAAGUCACUGGGUAGAAAACAUCAAAGCUGACCUCACCUGACAAAUACUGUGGGACUGGUGACUGAUUCCUUAGGUGUACACCUGAUUCCUUCCCCUCACCAUCUGAUAAAACAUCAUUUAUCAUGAGAACAUUUCUUAAAUCCUGGAUUCCUCAGUGUUUGUGGAUUCUCAGGUCACCUUCCAGAACAUUCCAUGGAAACAACAGGCUUCUUGCAUCUCAGAUUACUUCCCAUUACGAAUCUAUAAACCAGGGUAAAAAGGAACUGCCAGAAUAUUUCAACUUUGCAAGUGAUGUCUUAGAUGAGUGGGCACGACUGGAAAAGGAUGGAAAAAAAACAGCGAUGACUGGAAUAUACCAUUUCUUCUCAAGGGUUGCAUCUGCUGACCAUAUAUGUAUCAAGACAAGGAGUCAAGACCCAAUGCUCGUGUAUUUUACCAGUGGAACUACGGGCUUCCCAAAAAUGGUGCUGCAUUCCCACAGCAGUUACGGCAUUGGAUUUGCAGUCAGUGGCAGGUAUUGGUUGAACUUGACUCCUUCAGAUAUAUUGUGGAAUACCUCUGAUACUGGCUGGGUAAAAGCAGCUUGGAGCAGUGUUUUUUCACCAUGGAUCUGUGGAUCCUGUGUCUUUGUACACAACAUGCCACAGUUUAAACCAGAAGUUAUUGCAGAGGUAAGCUUAACAUUUUAUACUGUGAUAUUUUGCUCUUUGCAAGAGUUAAGAAAAUUAUUUCAUUUGCUCUUCCUCUCAAGCUACAAGUUCCCGAGUCUGAAGCACUGUGUAACUGGAGGGGAAGCACUCAAUCCUGAAGUGUUGGCGAAGUGGAAAAUCCAGACAGGGGUGGAUAUCCAUGAAGGUUAUGGCCAGACUGAAACAGUGACAAUCUGUGCCAAUAUGAAAGGAAUGAAAAUUAAACCUGGCUCUUUGGGAAAAGCUGUUCCCCCUUAUGAUGUGCAGAUCGUAGAUGACCAUGGGGCUGUUGUGCCUAAAGGAGAAGAGGGCACCAUUGCUAUCCGAGUGAAACCCACACGACCCUUCUGCCUGUUCUCUGAGUACUUGGAUAAUCCAGAGAAAACUGCUGCCUCUGUGCGAGGAGAUUUUUAUGUCACCGGGGACAGAGGCGUUAUGGAUGAAGAGGGAUAUAUCUGGUUUGUUGGAAGAGCUGAUGAUAUCAUUAACUCUGCUGGGUAUCGCAUUGGCCCCUUUGAAGUGGAGAGUGCAUUGAUAGAGCACCCAGCAGUCGCAGAGGUGGCUGUUGUCAGCAGUCCCGACCCAGAGCGAGGGGAGGUGGUCAAAGCCUUCAUUGUUUUAGCUCCUGCUUUUGUAUCACAUGAUCAAAAAAAAUUAACUCUUGAACUUCAACAACAUGUCAAGAAGGUGACUGCACCAUACAAAUAUCCAAGGAAGAUGGAGUUUGUUCAGGAUCUGCCAAAGACGGUUACUGGGAAAAUCCAGAGAAAUGUUCUAAGGAGCAAAGAGUGGGCAAAAGUAAAAAAAUAGUAAGAGUGAUCAGGAAAACAAGGAGAGAAAUAUUCUAUUACCUGUACCAACCAUAACUCAUCAAACAUGGCACAUGUUUAUGACCCAGAACACAUGGAAACAUUGCGAAAAACAAACUGUGGAAGCAAAAGUAGAAAACACUCAGAAAAAGUGUAACUGCAACUCUUAGAUACAUACAAAUAAAAGAGAAAUUAAUAAAAGUAAUCUUUGUCCUGUGGUAUCAGCAGCACAUUGAUAUAUUCUUGUCAAUAACUACCACUGUAACAUUCUAAAAUUCUUUCAGAGUGGAAAGAAAAAAAAU